AUGGAAAUGAAUAAUACCGAUACACUAAACAAUAAUAAUGACACUUACAUUUCGCCCGACACACCAAUAACACGAGGUCCAUCCGAUGAUCCAUACAUGACAACUGGGGCAGUAGCGUACGCUAUCCUCUGCACAAUAUCAUUAAUUCUCAUGUGCAUCCUGACAAUAAUCUAUGGACGACUAAGCUACAAUCGCGUAUUCGUGUAUUUUUGCGUGUCGGUUAUCGCGUUAUUUAUACCGCACACGCUUGGUGCGUGGAUAUUUGGCGCGAAUUUGGCCCGCGCGCCGAAUUGGUUGUGUUGGAUUCAGGGAUUGUGGAUUAAUGCAGCAGGAAUUGGGGCGGGAUUGUUGGUGUUGUUAUAUUCAUAUGAGAUUUACAAGAGUAUUGUGUUGCAUGUUGAUAAUGAUUAUCAGUUACGAAAGAAAUAUUAUUUGGCGUUGGCUGUGUUGCUGCCUUUGUUGAUUGGGUUUAUUGGCCCGGUUAUUGUUGCUGAGAAGCCUUAUGGAAUCUUACCUGGACCAUAUUUUUGUGUUCUAUAUAGUCCGAUAUUACCAUUAGCAUUCGUUAGUAUUCAAGGAUGGAAUACGUUAUUAAGCAUCCCCGUAUCAGCCAAAGAAAAAUAUGAACCACAAAAAACCAACACAGACAUAUCACAUGAAAUAGAAUCAGCAUUUACAAUACCAUAUACACCAACAACAAUGACCAGCACCGCCAAUGCCUCACAAAUAAUACAUUCACCAACAACAUACGUAAAUCACAAUGAUAAUUAUUCAAUACCUGAUCAAGUAUCAAAACUUUCCGACCGAACAAUAUCAUCGAUACCAGUCUACGUAUGCCUUCGCCUCGUAAUGUUCGGAUUACUAUACUCUGCGGUAACAAUUAGUGUCUACGGACGAAAUUUGUAUGACUCCGUAAGACAAGCAGAAUAUGAUUUCAAACCAACAUAUUUGGAAUACGUGAUCGCCUCGUUGGGCAUCAUUCUUUUUUUGGUGUUUGGCACUUCGAUCGAAGCGGGUCGCGCGUAUUUACGAUUUAUUAGAAUUUUGGCAAAGUUGAAUUGGUUACGUAGGUGUUUUGCAUGGAUGAGACGCGAUGAGAGUUUUGGCGAUUGGGAAAUUCAGCAGCAGAAAAAACGAGCGGAAGAACAAGCUAAACAAGAGAAAAAACUUAAAAUGCAACAAAAACGGCGAAAGAAUCAACAUCAACGUGAUGAUUCGAGAGCAAAUGUGCUAAAUGAUAUAAUGGAAAUCGAUGAUGAUGAUGAGACGGAUAUAAAUGGUGAAAACGAACAGCAGCAUCAAAAUGAAAUUGGACAAGCUUUGUGA